AACAUCCUGAGUUUACUCUUUCACAACUACUUAAUAUGGUCAUGGCACGUGGGCACUUAGGAGGAGCAGCAAUAAAUGGAAGACUUUGUGAGCAAUCUUCAUAAUAAAUUAAUGCCUGUAUGUAUCCUCUUGCAGGUAGACUCUGUCCUCCCAGAUUAUCUAGGAAGUAGAAGACCAAUCACAAACACUCCUAGCUGGAUCUGAUUUUGGAGCGCAAGCAGCACGCCUGAUCUCGCCGUACAUUUUUAUGUCGAGAAUUAAUAAGAAAACGGUAAAAAAAGCGUGAAGGAGAACCGAAAUUUGCAAAAUCCCGAACGAACUUUUUGUUUCCGACCUAAAUUGGGAGUUGCCACAUCUGCUCACGGAGGAGUGGAGAACAGGGAGAAGGAAGGCCUAGUGGAUCGGACCCCGGCUCCAGGUUUGCUGAGUGACCGCAGGUAGAAACAUCGCGCCGCCGUUCAGGUCAUGUCCGUGGUUAGUAGCGAUGUGUUCGGGACACUGCCGGACGGGAGGCUGGUGCAUCGGUUCACGCUGCGCUCCGACUCGGUGAGGCUAUCGGUGCUGAGCUUGGGAGGCAUUAUAACCAGCCUGGAGACCAGGGACCGGCAGGGAGAACUGGCAGACAUCGUCCUGGGCUUCGACCACUUGCAAGGUUAUAUUAACAAGCAUCCAUACUUUGGGGCAGUCGUUGGUCGUGUUGCAAAUCGAAUUGCCGAAGGGAAAUUUAGUAUUGAUGGAAAGGAAUAUCAGCUGCCUAUUAAUAAUGGGCCUAACAGUUUGCACGGUGGCUUGAAAGGAUUUGACAAGAUGCUGUGGACAUCUGAAAUAUUAUCAAAUGGAGUGAGGCUUUCGAUGACAAGUGCUGAUGGUGAAGAAGGGUAUCCUGGAGAGCUGAAAGUCUGGGUGACAUACAGUCUCGAUGGAGCAGUACUGGCUAUUAACUACAAGGCACAAACAACCAAGACUACCCCAGUAAACCUGACUAACCAUUCCUAUUUCAAUCUAGCUGGACACGUGAAAAAGCUAGUUCUGUCAAACGAGCAGAGGGGACAACACAACAAUGCUAUUGUUAUGCAUGUCCUGUAUGGAGUCUCCAUAAAUAAAGAAAUCCUUUACCACGGAUUUCCUAAUAUCUAUGACCAUGAGGUUUCUAUAGAAGCAGAGAACUACCUGCCUGUUGAUAAGACAUCAAUUCCAACUGGAGAGAUUACCUCGGUGGAGAACACGAAUUUUGACUUGAGGAACCUAGUAGUUCUUGGAGACCAGAUUGCAAAUAAGUUAGCUGGAGGCUUUGACCACAACUUCUGUUUAAAUUUCUCAAAACAACGAUCUCCUUGUGCAAGAGAUAACAUAGUAUGGAGCUGGAGGAGCACAGCAGGCCAGACAGCAUCAGAGGAGCAGGAGAAGUUGCUGUUUUGGGGUUUACCACCGGCCAAGUGGCAGGCUCCUGGAGAUCGAGACCACCCAGCCAGGAGUUCAGUUCUACACUGCGAAUUUCCUGGAUGGGAGUCUGAAGGGCAAAGGAGGGGCCACAUACCCCAAGCAUUCAGCUUUCUGUUUGGAAACUCAGAAUUGGCCUGAUGCUGUUAACAAGGCAAAUUUCCCAGAUGCAUUGCUGAGACCAGGCGAGGAAUAUGACCACACAACAUGGUUUAAGUUUUCUGUACUUUAACAGCUGUGAUGUGAGCAGUUGUGUUUCGGUUGUCGUACUGUAAUGAAAACGUUUGAUUUGUUUUAAAAAUUAAAAAAUAAUAAGAUCACACUACGUGGUAGUGGGAUGUUGGUUAGGAAUAACAUUAAUACUAAUUCUUAGUGAUGAAAAUUAAAUCACGUGCAGUAUUUACCCCUUGUGCCCAUACAUUGAACAGUGCAUAGCAAUAAUGAGCAUUUAUCUUAAUUUAGAAUAUUUCCCAAAAUCUAGAGAGGUCUUAAAUUACAUAUCAGCUCACAUUCAGUUUAUUUCGAAAGGCAGGAACAGAUUAGAAAAUUGGACAUUUGAUACUAGCUAAACCUUUAGCAAUUGUCAACUUGCCCAUAAUAAAAUAAUUUUCCAAAAAUUGCAUUUCCCAAGGAACUAGAAUAAAUGAGUAAAAUGUAUCUGAACACUUAACCUCUGUAACUUAGUACUCCUGAUAAAAAUAAAAUUUUGUAUAAUUUGGAAA